CCCCUCCGUCACACAGAAGAAGAAGAAGUGGCCUCCACUGGGUGUUGGUGUUUGUGGACCUGCUGAGGAGAAGAUGGGCUUUCUAAAGGAAUUCUGACCGAGGUUCUGCUGGUUCCCAUGGGUCCACUGGAUCCUUCCGAACCGAACCCGUCCGCAGGAGCUAUGCUGAGCUAACCGGCUAGCAGGCUAGUUAGCUGCUCAGGAUGGCUGUUCCCUUCAGGAUCCCCAAGAAGAAACAGGCUGAGGGCUUUGGCUCCGCCCACCAUCAGCUGUCACCUCUGGCCCGUCUCCAUGGCUCCCAGGUCACUGCGGGUUUUGGGAGUCCACCCCGAAGAGGCGGAGCUGACAGGAUGCAUGCUGGGAAAGCAGCGGGUUCCUCGCCAGCUGGAUGGAGAGCGCCAUCCAGGCAGCCGUUCAGGAACUACGUCCAAACGCUGCAGGGACUCGACAGCCCCAACCGAGGUGGAGCUUCAUCAGCCAAUCACGUGUCAGCAGAAGGCAGGAGCAGCCAAUGGCAGCAGCGACAGCGAGGAGAGGGCUCCUCUAACGGGUGGCGCCCUAGCAGAGCGUCUGACCGCCUGCUGCGGCCGGAGGACGUCUCAGAGCUGGAUCCCCCACCACAGAAGAAGAAGUCUGCCUGUUCUGGUCGGUCCUGGUCCAGUAACGCCAUCAGCGUGGAGUCAGAGGACUGCCUGGCAGAGCUGAGAGCAGAGGAGCAUUCUGGGAGCUGGAGUCCUGAGAGGAGGGAGGACGCUGCCCCCAUCAGCAAGAGCAUCGGAUCAGAACCGGAGGAGCAGCCUGCGUCUCCCUGCAGAACCAGCAGGCCUCCAGCUUCCUCCCCCACCAUGAAGACGGCGGCGUCUCGCAGCAGGACACGGCGGGCGGAGCUGAAGGACGUGAUGGAGACACAGAGGGACCGAUGGAGACGGUUCCGGGAAACCAGAACCCGACCCGCUGGACCACGGCUGAGACUGAAGAGUCCCAGUCAGCCUCCCAGUGAACCCAUCGUUCUGUCCAGUGAGGAGGAGCCGGACCUGGACCUGGACCUGAACCAGAACCAGGGCAGCGGAGAAGAAGGACCAGAACCGUCCCAGAGCAGCAGAACCACAGACAGAGCGGGACGCCAUGGGAAGCAGGCUCCGCCCUCCUUCCUGCAGCUGGACUUCAGCCGGCUCCACUUCGGCCUGAUGGAGGCCGGCGCCGGUGGCUCCAUGACGAUCACGGAGAACGGCAUCCUGCUCCCGCUGACAGGGUCGGAGGUUGCCCAGGUAACGGUGGUGGCGUCCCAGCUGCGGGGCUACGGGCUGUGGGAUGGGGGCGUGGCCAGUGGAGGCCCCUCCCCCUCGCUGCUCUUCCUCUGGGUGUCGGAGGCUCAGGCCAACCUGCUGCUCCGGGAGCUGGCGCCCCUCCAGGCGUCCGGCGCCGACGCUCCGUCCUGCUCCUUCCUCCUGCUGGUUCUGAAGGAGCGGCUCCAGGACCUGCAGGUCGCCCUGCUGGCCUCCAUCUUGGACCUGGACCAGUACCAGCAGAACCGCUGCACCCCCUGCCCCAUCCCGCGGGCCCAGGGCCUGCUGAUGAUCCGCCGCUGUCCUCCUCCUCUGGACCGGCGCCUCCUGCUGCUGCUGGGGUGCCCCGCUGCGUCCGGUCAGUCAGGCGGUACCAGGAGUUCGGCUGGUCUACAGCUGCUUCCCAGCAGGCUGAUCCAGUACCCCGUGGUUCCGGGUAAAGGUCGGAUCUCUGUGACCCAGGAGGACCUGGCCUGUCUGGAGCCCGGAGAAUUCCUGAACGAUGUCAUCAUCGACUUCUACCUGCGGUACCUGGUCCUGGAGGGCGUCAGCGGUACGGUGGCCCAGAGGACCCACGUAUUCAGCAGCUUCUUCUACAAACAGCUGAGCAGGCGGCGGGCGGCCGGAGAGAGCGAUGCGCCGUCUGUCGUCGACCGUCACGCCAGACAUCAGAGAGUGAAGACAUGGACGCGUCACGUGGACAUUUUCACCAAAGACUUCCUGUUUGUGCCUGUCAAUCAAGAAGCUCACUGGUUCCUGGUGGUGGUCUGCUUCCCCGGCCUGGAGGACGUUCGGAUCGAGGAGUUCUCAGGUGGAGCAGAGAGAGCUGCAGGAAAAGCAGACCUGAGGAGCCAGAGACCGCCGGUAAACAUGUCUGCUUCUAGCCAGUCAGGCGUGUAGCAGCAACAGCAUGUAGCGUGUUCUGAGGCGUGUAGCCAUAGGUCCCUCUAACAUGUAGCGUGUUCUGAGGCGUGUAGCCAUAGGUCCCUCUAACAUGUAGCGUGUUCUGAGGCGUGUAGCCAUAGGUCCCUCUAACAUGUAGCGUGUUCUGAGGCGUGUAGCCGU